CCUUGGGGCUGUGUUAAGAAAACCGGGACGUUUGGGCUGCAAUAUGGAAUUUGAUGAACUGAUGCAGUGCCCAUAUGACAAAAAUCAUAUGAUUCGGCCCAGCCGGUUUCCCUACCACCUUGUUAAAUGCAGAGAGAAUAAUCGUGCAGCAGCUAAAAUUCUAGCAACUUGCCCAUAUAAUGCCCGCCACAGAGUCCCUAAACAGGAGCUUGAUCUGCACAUGGCCAGCUGUGAAUACAGGGUGACCAUGGAGCCCAUUUCUGCUGCAUUUUCACAUCAGAAGGUGGAGACCUCAACAUGGCAAAGCCCUCCUUGUGAAGAGGUCUGGGAAACUGACGAAGAUCCCGUGUCAAGGCCAAAGCCCUUUAUUUUAAAUGAUUUUACUCCUUCUCAGCCUUUUAAUAUGUCAGAAGGUGAUGGAAAUAUGCCGUAUACUGGAAUAAGCAGCAACUACAGACCUGAAGUCCAACCUAUGAAUUCAGUCAUGCAAGUAAAGCAAAAUCAACCUGAACCUGAGCCUUUUACGACCAGUGAGCGAAACUAUGAUCCACGAUCCAAGGAACCACCCAAUCCAAAGCAACCUGCAGUGAAUGGCUACAAACCUGCAACUACAAAUACAAACCCAUGGUGCAGGCAAACGGGAGGAUCGAGGGGAGCUGCUCCUCCAAAGUUGGGGGCUAAAUCCUCAGAUGAGGGGCCAAGAAAUAAGGAAUUUCCCACUCCAAAGGCGAACUUGAUGAAUGAGUACGUACCUGUAGCAGCAAAUGCAAAUCCAUGGUGCAGGCAACCAGGAGGGUCCAGUGCUGCUUCAGAACCUUUGGGUGUUGACUCCUUCGAUGAGUGGCCAUGCCUUGGACGCCAGCCAUGGGUUAGAAAGUAAAUCUUCACUUUAAAAACAGGACUUUCAUCUGAACCUGUUCCUGACUUGUCCGACUCCUGGAUUUUUAAAAUUUGUUGUGAAGUUGCCAUUUAGUAUUUUUGUACAAAAUUUUAACAGCCUUCAUUUUUACAUAUUAAGCUUUUUAUCACAAAUAUAAUACUAAUUUACUUGAAUGUUAUUUGUUAACCAAUAAAUAUAAUCGAUUCAAUAUA